GACACGAUACUGAUUCCGAUUACGCUGGCAUGGCCCGACUCGGCGCUUUCGCCGAGCCCGACCUUCUUCUAUUUCCAGGCCGGGCCCUUUCUUUGGAGCUUCGACAUUCUCAUGAGCUUCGUCCCGGCAUCUCUAGAGAAGGAAGUGGCGGCCAAGCUGCAGAUGGCCAGGAAGUAUGUGUGUUCAAGAUUUCCGAUAGAUGUGUCCCUGGUAGUCUUGGACGUCGUUCUGCUCCUGGGCGUCCUGGAGGAGCACUUUCGCAUCUUCACCUUGCUGCGGCUGAUUCGGAUCCUGAAGCUGAAGAGAGUGCUCACUGUCUUCGAGAACCGCCUCGUUGCCGCGGGGAACAUGAAAGCCGUGCCGUACCUGACAAUUCUCCAGUGCAUCGCGACGGUGCUCGCGGUCAACCACGUGCUGGCGUCCCUGCUGUUUUACGUGGGCCGCAUGGGGACGCGCAUUGAAGCCACGAGCAACUGGGUCGACUUUUACGAGAUGUCCUUCCGGACUCCACUCUCGCAGUAUAUGACCUGCUUCAAUUGGGUAAUCGCUGAGUAUACGCCGGCACCCUUCCCCAACCAGCCGCAGAACGAAGUGGAGCAGUUGCUUAUCAUCGUGAUCAUCCUCACCUGUCUGCCCCUCUUGGGUGCCCAGAUCGGCAAGAUCGGUGGCACGCUGAACACGAUGAAAGAGAAGGCGCGUGAGCGAGACAUGGUUCGCCGAGACCUCCAGCGGUUCCUACAGCGCAAGAACGCGCCAACUCGGCUGACUCGGCGAAUGCUGACGUCACUCGACGAUGUGCUGGACUCCAAGGACUCGCCCUUGAAUGUGAAGGAGCCGAUAGCCUUGAAGUUCCUUCCCAGCAGCCUCCUCGACGAACGAGCUCCGGGUCGUGAAGAUGAGCGAGAAGCUCGACGCCCACAUGCUCUUCUCGAUGCUCAUGGACGAGCGUCUCGGGCUUGCUGGUCGGCUCAGCGCCGUGUUCCGGGAAGUCAACGCGGUGCAGGGCGAGAAUAUCUUCACCAACGGGCGGCCAGGUGA